AUGGCCAUCCACGUCGAGGGUAUUGUGGCUAUCGUGAUCUUCUACGUCCUGAUUCUGUUUGUGGGGAUCUGGGCUGCGUGGAAGAACAAGAACUCCGGUGCUGCGGAGGGUGGAGACCAGAGCGAGCGCAUCAUGGUCGGGGGAAGGGACAUCGGAUUGUUUGUGGGUGGAUUCACGAUGACCGCCACUUGGGUUGGUGGGGGCUACAUAAAUGGGACAGCAGAGUAUGUCUACCUGCCAGACUAUGGCCUUGCUUGGGCACAGGCGCCCUUUGGAUACGCUCUCAGCCUGGUAGUAGGUGGCCUUUUCUUUGCCAAGCCCAUGCGUUCACGUGGAUACGUCACCAUGCUGGAUCCCUUCCAGCAGCUAUAUGGGAAAAGGAUGGGCGGCCUGCUCUUCAUCCCCGCACUCAUGGGGGAAAUCUUCUGGUCUGCGGCCAUUUUAUCUGCCCUGGGUGCCACUCUGAGUGUGAUCGUGGACAUAAACAUCAACAUGUCAGUGGUGAUCUCAGCCAUGAUAGCUAUCUUUUACACACUUGUUGGAGGACUCUACUCUGUUGCAUACACAGACGUGGUCCAGCUCUUCUGUAUCUUUUUGGGCUUGUGGAUCAGCGUGCCUUUUGCUCUGUCCAAUCCUGCCGUGUCGGAUAUCAGUGUCACAGCCAAAGAAGUGAUCUACCAGUCACCCUGGCUGGGCAAGAUUGAGCCUGAAGACAAAUGGCUCUGGGCGGACAACUUCUGUUUGCUGAUGUUAGGGGGGAUUCCCUGGCAGGUCUAUUUUCAACGGGUUCUUUCUGCCUCUUCAGCUACCUAUGCCCAGGUCCUUUCCUUCGUCGCUGCCUUCGGCUGCUUGGUCAUGGCCAUCCCCUCUGUCCUCAUAGGAGCUAUAGGGGCCUCUACUGACUGGAACCAGACUUCGUAUGGGUCGCUCCCCCCGAAGGAUAGGGAUCAGUCAGACAUGAUCCUUCCUAUCGUGCUUCAGCACCUCUGUCCGUCUUACAUCUCCUUCUUCGGUCUGGGCGCCGUGUCGGCUGCGGUCAUGUCCUCGGCAGACUCAUCCAUCCUUUCAGCCAGCUCCAUGUUUGCCAGAAACAUCUAUCAGCUCGCUUUUCGGCAGUCGGCUUCAGACAGGGAGAUCGUUUGGGUGAUGCGCAUCACCAUCUUUGUGUUCGGAGCUCUUGCCACUGCUAUGGCGUUGUUAACAGGAUCCGUAUAUGGCCUGUGGUACCUGAGCUCCGACUUGGUCUACGUCAUCAUCUUUCCCCAACUCCUCAGUGUGUUAUUCGUCAAAGGCACCAAUACUUACGGCUCUGUGGCUGGCUAUAUCUUUGGUCUUUUGCUGCGCAUUGGUGGAGGGGAGCCCUACCUCAAACUCCCACCCUUCAUCUACUACCCCGGUUGGGUGACCCAGGAGAGGAUCCACCACGUCACCGGCGACGUAGAGCACUUUAUCCAGCAGAGGUUUCCGUUCAAGACUAUGUCAAUGCUGGCAUCCUUCUUGGCAAAUGUGGCCUUUUCUUACCUAACAAAGUACCUGUUUGAAAGCGGUACUUUCUCACACAAGUACGACUUCCUGGACGCCGUGGUGUCCAAGCAUAGCAAAGAGAUCAUGGAUAAAGCCACGCUGGUGAGCAACCAAGAGAGCAUCAUUCUUUCAGAGUUGGCGCCCGUCAAGCAGAUCCUGGGUGCGUCACUCGCUGGGACAUUCAACUCUGAGGUCCUCAGUGAUGAUGAGGAAUCCAGUCCAGAGGCUUUUCACAAUGAAAACUAG